AUGAGCUCUUGUGGCUGCUACAUUUUGGCGGAAGUAUCGGUGGAGCCCGUGCGGGCUCCUGUGCAGGUGUCCACGCAGGGGGCCACAAAAAGGGGCGGCGGUCGGUUGAAAACAAAAGUGGUGGGUCAGAAGGCGGAUAAGGAUACAGCGGAUGGACGGGAGGCAGUUGGGGAGGUAGCGGUUCUACGGGAUACAGUUGCAGGGGCAGUGGAUGGACGAGAUGCAGUUGCAAGUACACCCUGCCCCGCUUCCGCCCCCCAGGAAACCGUACCGCAUGCGAAGCGGGGUUUGAAGGGCACCGUGUUGAAAACGAUUAAGAAGAUCAACCCGCUGGUCAAGGGCAAAAAGGAAAAAGAUAUUUUAAAAAAAAAAUGGAAAUAUAUGUUAAAAAAAAAUAAAGAAAAAUAUGGAAAAGUGUCUGAUGGGAAUCAAAUACAUAUAUACAACGACUCACAUACAGCCUAUAAGGAUAUAUUUGAGUCAAUAGAAAAGAGUAAAAAGAGGGUUUGGUUUGAAUGUUACUGGGUCGAUGACUCUGAGCUAGCCAACGAGGUGGUGGACAGUCUGUGUAAUGCAGCCAAGAGAGGAUGCGACGUUAUUUUUCUGAUUGACUAUAUAGGGAGUUUACAAAUUAAAAAUAAAUGGGUGCGUAAAAUGAAGGAGAGUAAUGUGCAGGUGAUUUUAUUUAACACAUUUUUGAAUUCCUUCCUCAAUAUGUUACCCAUUGUUUUCCGGGACCAUCGCAAAAUCAUUAUAGUGGACGACAUUGCCUACUGCGGCUCGAUGAAUGUUAAUGAGCACGUCGUCCCCAGCGGCGUGGGCUGGUACAGCAAACAGAAACGGGGGGAUAAAGAAGCGGACAAAGAGGGGGAGAAGCAGGCGGACAAAGAGGCCGACGCAGAGGGCGAAACAAAAAGUAAUAGCCAACGCCUGCAGUUCUACGACUUACACAUAAAGGUGAAGGGACCCGCAGUGAAAGAUCUGGCAGACGUGUUUAUCGACUCACUUAGCAUGGCCAACACGCCAAUCACAAGGGAACCAAUUGAGGAACAACAAAGGUAUGAAGAUGAACACGGACACUCUUGCUUUAUUCAAGUGCUGCAUUCAAAUGUGCUUAAGAAAGUGCGUUCCAUUCAAUCUACCUUUGAAUGGGUUAUUAAAAACGUAUCCACAAAAAAUAUUUAUAUAACAACUAGCUAUUUUAUCCCCCCUGGUUUUUUGAGGAGAGCUUUGUUUUCUGCCCUGAACAAAGGGGUCGAUAUUUCCUUCCUGCUGUCUGGCAACUCGGAUGUGGUAGGAGACGUCCCCGCCACCUAUCACGUUGUGAAGAAAUUCCUCAAGAAGUUCAACAAGGGUAGCGAUAGCGACGAUGGGAGUAGCGAAGAGACUGGCGGCGGGAGUGGCAGCGGAGGCAACGACGAAAGGGAGGAGCGAAAAGCAAACUCCUACCUGCACAACCUGCGCAAGCGAGCGGGGUCAAAAAUAGGACAUAAUUUCCUCCACAGACAAAAAAAGGGAAAAAGCGAUUUCUAUUUUUUACAGAAUAGGCAUUGUCAUGCAAAGAACCUCAUGGUGGACAACCUCUGGUGUGCUGUGGGUUCAUACAACUGGGACAGAUAUUCCUCGAGGCGCAAUUUAGAAGUGAUGGUUUCAAUCUUUGACCAAAAAAUAUGUAACCAGUUUGUACAAGAGCAUAAGAGUAAGAUAAAAAGCGAUUCAAAACAUGUGACUCUCUCACACCUGGCCAGUCGCAGCCUGUUUCAGGAAUUCCUUAGCUGCUUCGCAUACCACUUGGCCAAGUGGUCCGGAAAAAAUAUACUGGACGGGCUCUCCAAUGACAACAAGAGGACUUUCGUGCGCAAGGCAAUCGUCAACAAGUACCUGUCUGACAACUGCGUGGAAAAUAUAUCCCUCAACAUGAUGUGGGGGGGCUAG